ACCGAGGGAGUUGUUUCUCGUUUUUUUUUUAUAUCUGAAUGCUCUCGCCCUCCUCUACACAUGGCGAUAGAUGGAAUCAUGUUGGAGGCUGGCCUAGCCGACGCAGCACCGGUACGCAGUGCGUUGCUUCUCUGGUUAAUGGGGAGAGUGGUCAUGGAACUUCGGAUUUUCGGUUUAGGGACAGGAGAGGCGAGUGGCGCAGGGUGCUUGUCCGUCAUCACCUGUUGACGGAUCCUUUGUUUGGUGUUCGCUGCUAAAUGACGGGCACUUCUGUUGCCUCUUUUUUUUCACUCCACCCCCCGUCUACCCAAUUUGCCCGGUAUCUGUUCCCCUGUUCUGUUUUUUGACAUUACCACCUACCUAGUUUACAUCUGGUCCCGUUUUUGGCGGAUCGCUAUGGAAAUGUUGUCUCCCCAUUGUCGUUGUUUCCUGCACUUUGCUUGUUUUCGUCUUUUCCCCUCGACCCCUCUUCACAGUGGUUUUGUCUCGUAUGUUGGACUCGUGUGUGUGCCCCGCAGAGAGAGGAAAAAGGAAACUGUGUAUUUGCCCCCCCGCCUUCAAGAUUUCUACAGCAGCAACCCCUUGAAAAAAUGGCAAAAAGAAAUUCCAAUCCAAAUCCAAGUUGAUCCUUGCUUUUGUAGAUGUAGAUAUAGUUGUGAUGUCUCUUCGUUCCAACCAAUUUUGGUACUCAUUACCUACAUGCCUUGAUAACUACCAGCUUUAGUAACUGUUGCUAGAGGUAAUCUCGCAAGAGCUCUGCCAGCUUGGUUUGCUUGCUCAACCUCGGCAUGGCUUGAUUGAUUGGACCUCUCAAACCUCUCAACCUCUCAACCUCUUCUUCCAUUACCUAAACCUAGCAGAGUUGCCUUGCACCCUCAACUCACAAUUCGUCGCCACAGUUCCAGUUCCAGUUUCCCCCUCCCCCCAGUGCUAUCAUCCCAUGGCUGUCAUUCGCACGAUAUAAAAGCUACUUCAUCGCCAUAGGAGAACAAGCCGUAAGCAUCUGGUAGCCCGUACAGUAUCAAAGAAGAAUGUACAGUAUAAAAAACAAG